UGGCCAUCUGUUUUUUCGGGAUUAGAGCUUAUUGUUAAUUGGGUUACUUUGGGUCACCGUGAUGCUGGUGGGGCCUCGUCUCAUUAUGACCUCCUAGCCAGUUUUGGCAUUGGGCACAAUGCAACAUUUCGAAUUGAAGAUCUAGAAGCAGAACUUGAUUAUUUCCCUAGAACAUUAGUAAGUAUUUUGGGCAAGGUAUGA